GGCACGGGAGCUUUCUGGAUGCAAAUUGCACACGAAUUCCCCGCGACCAACUGAAACCAAUCAAAUGUUAUUAUUCAUUCUUCGCGGGUAAACGUAAAACUGCAAAAAGGGACCCGCCACCGCCAUCGCCACCACCCUCACCACUCGCUUCUCUUUCACAAAAUCUCGCUGUCGUCGUUGCACUUUCUUCCAGUCUCUAUCUUAUCACUCUCGCUCCCAAUCCAUUCAAUGAACCCUCGAUUUUUAAAAUACAACUAAACAUAAUUCCACUCUCAACAGAACACUCUCUUCCUGAAAAUGAACACAGCCAAUCUCCCCCUUAAACCACCGCAGCAUCUUCUUUUACACUCCAGGUACCCCUUUCAAAUCCGCCAUUUCCGAUUCUACAGACGCCGUCGUAUCAAACGAACAGCUUGCAUCAGCAGCAACAACUUAUUGGAACCUUUCCGGUACUUCCUCUCUCAAUUUCCCUCUCAAAAUUCCCUCGAUUUUCUCGCUCCGAUUCUAGGUCUCGCUUCCGGUUUAACGCUUUAUCUUUCGCAGUCCAAAUCCACUAAUCCUAAUAGUAACUCCUUAAUCAAUUCAAAUAUCGGAGAGUGGAUUCUCUUCGCUAGCCCUACUCCGUUCAAUCGUUUCGUGUUUCUUCGCUGUCCUUCAAUAUCUCUUGAAGGAUUAGAAAAUGUGAGUGAGAGGUUUCUAGAAGAGGACAGGCAUUUUGUUAGGUUAAGUAGAGGGAGAAUUGAAGCGAGAGAGAGUGGAAUCGGUGGAAUCAUUGAGGAGAAAUUGGAAUACCAGAGAGUGUGCGUGAGUACAGAAGAUGGAGGUGUGAUUUCGCUUGAUUGGCCAGCGAAUUUGGAGCUGAGGGAAGAGCAUGGAUUGGAUACUACUUUGUUGCUAGUUCCGGGGACUACUGAAGGAAGCAUGUGUGAGAAUGUUAGGGAUUUUGUUUGUGAUGCACUUAUGCGAGGGUUUUUCCCUGUUGUUCUCAAUCCUAGAGGAUGUGCUCGUUCACCGCUUACGACUGCACGGUUAUUUACAGCUGCUGACAGCGAUGAUAUCUGCACAGCUAUACACUUCAUCAAUAAGGCAAGGCCAUGGACAACAUUGAUGGGAGUUGGCUGGGGAUAUGGUGCAAACAUGUUGACUAAAUAUCUAGCAGAAGUUGGGGAUAGAACACCUCUCACAGCUGCCACAUGCAUUAAUAAUCCUUUUGACUUGGAGGAAGUUACGAAAUCCUCUCCUUAUCACAUUGCUUUGGAUCAGAAACUCACUGGUGGACUGAUAGAUAUCCUGCAAUCUAAUAAGGAACUAUUUCAAGGGAGAGAAAAAGGGUUUGACGUGGAAAAGGCCUUAAGCGCAAAAUCUGUGCGUGAUUUUGAAAAAGCAAUAUCUAUGAUAUCUUAUGGUUUUGAAGAAAUAGAAGACUUCUAUUCUAAAUCUAGCACACGAGAUGUGGUUGGGAAUGUGAAGAUUCCUGUUCUCUUUCUUCAGAAUGAUGAUGGGACAGUGCCGUUGUUUUCCAUGCCACGUAGCUUAAUUGCAGAAAAUCCAUUUACAAGCCUCCUUUUGUGCUCUUGUGUGCCAUCUAGUGUUAUAGCAAGUGACAGAGCUGCUGUAUCAUGGUGCCAGAAUUUAACAACUGAGUGGCUGUCAGCAGUGGAGCUUGGGCUGUUGAAGGGUCGUCACCCUCUUCUGAAAGAUGUAGAUCUUUCUCUCAACCCUAAAAAAGGUUUAACUCUUGUAAAAGGCAGAACAACCAGUAAAAGAUCCAAAUCUGACAAGUUCUUAGAUCUUAGUUUAACUGAUGCUAAUGGGUAUACAAUGGAUCCUAUAAAAGAGGUGCUUGAAGACAGUGAUACUGCUGUCCAAUCAAGAUAUCAACAAGAUUCUCACAAAAUUUUGAAACUUGAAGAGGGAUUACAAGAAGGCGAGAAUGAUGCCUUGCAGCAGACUAGCUCUGUUGAUGUGGAGUUGGUCAAAGAGGAGGUUGCUGACACUGGAAGUGGUGAAGUGAUACAAACAGCACAGGUGGUUAUGAAUAUGCUUGAUGUUACCAUGCCUGGUAUUCUAGAAGAAGAAGAAAAGAAGAAGGUCUUGACUGCUGUUGGUCAAGGAGAGACACUUAUGAAAGCUUUACAAGAUGCUGUACCAGAAGAUGUGCGUGAAAAGCUUAGAACUUCUGUAUCUGGAAUUCUGCAUGCUCAAAACACAAACUUAAAACUUGAUAGAUUUCUUGGCAUUGGUAAAAUUCCUGCUGCAACACCAGGGGUUAAGUCAAAGAUCCAGGAAAAGAGCAGAGCAUCAGAUGCUGAAGCUACAUCUAAAGAUCCUCGUUCUUCAGAUGAGAUUAAAAAGGUUGAUGAUUUGACAGAUGGCUCUGAUAACAAUCAACCUGGGUCAGAAAAGUCUGUUAAAGGAUUGGAUUCAGAGCUUUGUUCCUCAGAAAAUGUGCAUAAAUCUAGUGAUCUAGGUCAGCCUCAAACUACGAACAGCCAACAAGGUGAUGCAUAUGGUUCUGGUAGCAAGGGCACAAGUGAUUCAGGAAAUAGUCAUCGAAGUGAUGAGUUCACUAAAGAAAGAGCUGAUCUUGUUUCUGACAGUGGUGAAAAGGGGUUUGAAAUAAGUGCUAUGCCAAAUGUUACUAGCUGCACUGAAAAGGUAAAUGGCAGUGAGGAAGCAAUUAUUGAUCAGGACGGUGGAACACCUCAGCUUGAAAUUAAAAGGGAGAGUAAUACCCAGAAAAGUGAAGAGAGAGUCCUGAAUUCUUCAGGUGAUCAAAGUAAGAUGGUAUCAAGCAACAUAGCUGAAGCAGUACCUUCAUCUGCAGAGUCCUUUACUGACUCCCAACCCAUGGAAAGGGAAGGUAAUGAUAAUCAUAAGAUGGAGAUCAAAGCAGUGCCAUCUGUUCCUGAUCAAAAUAAACCUAUUGCAUCUGAUUCUAAUCCCCCUGCCUUCGGUGUUGCUGAGGCAUUAGAUGCCUUGACCGGGAUGGAUGAUUCCACCCAAGUGGCUGUUAACAGUGUGUUUGGUGUCAUAGAAGAUAUGAUUUCUCAGUUGGAAGAGGGAAAAGAUGAUGAAAAUAACACCCAAGACACAGAUAAUUUUGAGGAUGAGUCAAUUGAAACUACAUACAAGAAAGAACAUGCUAGUGGGGAUCACAUAUUAGAAGUGACUGGUACAAAUGACGUGGGCAUGCAGUCUGAUGUUUCAAAUGAUUCUCCUGUACGUAAGCAUGAAGUGAAUGGUGUCAACCCACAGAAUUUGAUGAGUACUGGCUGGGUAGAGGAGAAACCCGCUACGAAUCCCAUAUUGUAUGGUGAUGAUGGUAGUGAUGGUCAAGGAAGUACUUCUAGUAAGUAUAAGUUUAAUGAAGAAAUAAAGAAGAAUAAAUUAGUUGGUGGCAAAUUUUUGGCUGAUUAUGCUGAUAGACAUGUAAAUAGCAUUCCAUUGUACGUAAGUGCACAUCCAUAUCGGGACUAUCUACAGAAUGAAUACUUCCACAGAUAUCUUCUUUCAAAGGCACCAAAUAGCAAACCACUUGAUUUAGAUACAACUACUUCUCUAUUAUUCGACUAUUUUCCAGAAGAUGGUCAAUGGAAGCUCUUGGAGCAACCGGGAAUUAUUGAACAUGAUCUUACAGCUGAUGAUGGUGUUGACAGAAAGGAUCAGAUCCAUCCUUCUGCAGAAGUAAAUGAUGCAGAUAACUAUAUAGAACCAUCUUAUGUGUUAUUAGAUACUGAAAAACAACAAGAACCUGUCAGAGAAUAUAGCACAGUGGACAAUUUACAAGAACAUGUUGAAAAUGGUAAGGAUAGAUUGGAGGAGGUUAUGCAGUUUGUGAAAAUUAUUAUAUUGGAUGCCUUGAGGGUUGAAAUUGAUCGCAAGCUAAGUGCAGAUGACAUGAAAGAAAUGGAAUCUGAUCUUGCUAGAGAUCUUGAGCUAGUGGCAAAUGCUGUGUCACUGGCUAUUGGACAUGAUACAGGUAAUCUGUCCGUGCAAGAUAACUCAAGUAUUCAAAGUACUCCUGAAAAAGUUGGUACACUUCAAGGAGAGGAGAUAGUAAGGGCCAUUUCUUCUGCUGUUCCGAGCACAAAUUAUCUGGGAAGAGUGUUGCCAGUUGGUGUUGUUAUUGGCUCUAGCUUAGCUGCUCUGAGAAAAUAUUUCGAUGUAGGUACCAGGCAUGAUAUUGUUCUGACGUCCAAUGAGCAAACAGAAAUAUCUGGGAGAAAAGAUCCAGAUAAUACCAAUGUGAAGAACGAUGGCCUGAAGCUUACUAUCAGAAGCAAUCAAACUACGAGUAUGAGGAAUUCAAGGAGUAGAGAGUUAGAAGAAGCUGCCUUAAAAAAUAAAAACAGUGACAAUGUUAUGGUUGGAGCUGUUACAGCUGCUAUAGGAGCAUCUGCCUUACUGGUACAGCAACAGAGUCUGAGCAAAGACAAGGAUACUGCAGAAAGCUUGUCUAAUUCCUUCAAGGAGAAAGCAAGUCUCACUAAGGAAGUUGACAAGGUUGAUGAGGAAAUGUCUGAGAAAAACCAGAAUAUAGCUGCAAGCCUUGCUGAGAAAGCCAUGUCAGUUGCUGGUCCUGUGGUUCCUACAAAGGAAGAUGGUGAAGUGGAUCAAGAAAGGCUGGUUGCGAUGUUAGCAGACUUGGGACAAAAGGGUGGCUUGUUGAGGCUGGUUGGUAAACUUGCUUUGCUUUGGGGUGGCAUACGUGGUGCGAUGAGUCUGACUAACAAGCUUAUCUCAUUUCUCCAUAUGGCUGAGCGGCCCCUGUACCAGAGGAUUAUUGGGUUUGCCGGCAUGGUGCUUGUUUUAUGGUCGCCGGUCAUUAUUCCACUGCUUCCAACACUUGUGCAGAGCUGGACAACAAGUAAACCCUCUAGAUUUGCUGAGCUUGGUAGCAUUAUUGGCCUCUAUACAGCUGUUAUGAUACUUGUUAUGCUAUGGGGCAGAAGAAUCCGUGGGUAUGAAGAUCCGAUGAAGGAAUAUGGGUUGGAUCUGACAAAACCUCCUCAGAUCCAAAAGUUCUUCAUCAGUUUGAUUGGAGGAGUCAUGAUUGUUCUAUCAAUACAAUCUGCAAAUGCUUUGUUGGGUUGUGUUUGUUUCUGUUGGCCUUCAAGUCUUCCAAUAUCUUCUUUAGAUGCCUUGACAUUUCUGAGAGUAUGUGGGCAAGUAAUUAUGCUUGCUGGUCAAGGAAUCAUAACAGCAACCAGUGUUGUGCUUGUUGAAGAACUUCUUUUCCGGGCGUGGUUGCCUGAAGAAAUUGCCUCUGAUCUUGGUUAUCAUCGAGGAAUUAUCAUUUCCGGACUUGCCUUUUCUCUUUCCCAGAGGUCUUUGUGGGCAAUACCAGGGCUUUGGCUUUUCUCUGUUGCCGUUGCAGGAUUUCGGCAAAGAAGUCAAGGUAGUCUUUCCAUUCCAAUUGGACUGCGUGCAGGGAUCAUGGCAUCGAGCUUUAUCUUGCAAGCAGGUGGCUUUUUGACCUAUAAACCCAAUUAUCCUCUGUGGGUAACUGGGAAUCACCCAUUCCAACCCUUCAGCGGGAUAGUUGGCCUUGCAUUUUCUUUGAUACUAGCAGUAAUUCUAUAUCCAAGGCAGCCUUUACAGAAAAGAGUAGCUACUGAAUAGGACUAUUGAGGAAUAAAGAAGGGCAUUGUUGUUGGUUAACAAAAGCAAUGGUAUUAGAAUGCUUUGGUAACUCAUGCUAAGAUGUACAAGCACAUAGAGGAAUUAAAGAGGAGUUGCUAGCAGAAUGUUGUGUCUAAUUGAAAAUAUCUAAGGAGUGAUGAUGGCUAACGCUGCUGAGGAGGAAAAGAGAAUGACAGGCUAAGAAAACACAAUAGAAGCAGAAAUCAGCGUUUUAGUGCUUAGUUGGUGGAUGUGGAGUCUCGGUGUACAGUUGGUAUAAAUCUCAAAGGCAGAGAAUAGAGAAUUUUUACAAAGUAGGAUAGUGAACUGUAUGUACAAAUUUUGGCAUCUCCUUCUAGUGCAAAUAUAUACGAGGAUUUCUGAUUGUUAAUGUAUACCAGAUACCAAUCUACAUGGUGCAUGGCACCUAUACAAAGCCUGUAGCAAAGCUUUUAACAGCUUAUAAUGAAUUCCGAUAUAUUACUAAUAAAAUUAUAAGGUGUAAAUUCUAGUGUAA